AUGGCCGAUGAUUCCUCCACUUCCCAUCGAAGAGAUCCCAUUAAAUCAUCAGUUGGGAACGUAGCGGCUCAAAGACGGCGGGAAAAGGCGAUGACGGUGGGGAAAGAGAGGAGAGAAUCGUUGGUCCGAGCGAAACGGUUGUGUAGAGUGGGAGCCACUGGUGACGGCGAUGUUCCCGUCGAGGGAAAUGAUAUGAUAACUGAUAAAGCAGGGUUUCUUUUAGAUGCCCAAACUUCUACAGCUGUGGAGGAGUUAAAAUCCGCUGUUGCUUACCAGGGGAAAGGUGCAAUGCAGAAGAGGGUAAAUUCACUACGUGAGUUAAGGCGAUUAUUGUCAAAAUCUGAGUUCUCUCCGGUUGAAGCUGCUCUUAAAGCUGGAGCUAUUCCCCUGCUUGUGCAAUGCCUUUCGUUUGGAUCUCCGGAUGAACAAUUGCUCGAGGCAGCUUGGUGUCUUACAAAUUUUGCAGCAGGAAAACCGGAAGAAACAAAAGCUUUGAUGCCUGCAUUACCAUUCCACAUUGCACACCUUGGAGAAAAGAGUUACUUGCCUGUUGCCAAGCAGUGUACCUGGGCAUUAGGCAAUCUUGCUGGUGAAGGGGAGGAGUUGCGAAAUGUUAUGCUAUCUCAAAGUGCUUUGCCACCUCUUGCAAGCAUGAUGUUGCCAAACAACGGUUCAACUGUGAGAACAACAGCUUGGGCAUUGUCAAACCUUAUCAAGGGACCUGAUCCUAAAGCUGCAACAUAGCUUAUCAAAGUUGAUGGAGCUGAUGCAAUUCUUCUGCACUUACGAAAAGCGAAUGAGGAGCUGGCCACUGAAGUAGCAUAG